CGAAUCUCCGAUGCCAUGCCUCCAUUCCCCUGCAGCGACUGGGAGGAGUCGGAGAACACAAGGAGCGGGAAAGGUAGACCUCGAAGGAUGCCGGAGUUGCCGGAGGUGGAGGUGGCGCGGAGGGCGAUUGAGGAGCAUUGUGUAGGGAAGAGGAUCGUCCAAUGCUCGGUCGCCGACGACCCUAAGGUCAUUGACGGCGUCACGCCCUCGGAUCUAGAGUCCGCCCUCGUUGGCAAGACCAUCGUAGCAGCCCUCCGCAAGGGAAAGAACCUAUGGCUCCGCCUCGAUUCCCCGCCCUUCCCUACAUUCCAGUUCGGUAUGGCGGGGGCUAUCUACAUUAAAGGCGUGACGCUGACAAAGUAUAAAAGGUCUGCGGUGAGCGAUGCGGAUGAAUGGCCUUCAACAUACUCUAAAGUGUUGCUUAAACUUGAUGAUGGAUUGGAGCUUUCUUUUACCGAUAAGAGACGUUUUGCCCGGGUUCGCUUACUUGAAGAUCCAAAAUCAGUAGCUCCUAUUUCUGAACUUGGCCCAGAUGCAUUGUUAGGGCUUAUGCCAAUCGAUGCCUUUAUGGCAUCACUGAGCAAAAAGAAGAUUGCAAUAAAGGCUCUUUUACUUGAUCAGAGUUACAUUUCAGGCAUUGGCAAUUGGAUAGCAGAUGAAGUGCUUUACCAGGCAAAGAUUCAUCCUAAUCAAAUUGCUUCAAGCUUGUCAAGAGAGAGUUGCAAGGCAUUGCAUAAUUGCAUCAAGGAGGUUAUUGAGAAGGCCCUGGAAGUUGGAGCUGAUAGUAGUCAAUUCUCCCAGGACUGGAUUUUUCAUUCUCGCGAGAAGAAACCUGGGAAUGCUUUCGUGGCUGGGAAGAAAAUAGAAUUCAUCACAGUAGGUGGUAGAACUUCAGCAUAUGUACCAGAGUUACAGAAGUUAACUGCAAAUCAGUUGGAAGAGGCCUCUUACAAGAAAUCAGCCAAGACAAGGUCCAUCAAAAAUGUUGACAAGGAAGAAUCAACAAGUGAGAAAGAGGAGUCCAACAAAAUCUCAAAGAAAACGAAAGAUCCCAAGAGGCAGGCAAAGAAAACUGGUGAAACCAAAAACACUAGUAGUUCAGGCAAAGGGAAGACACAGAAACAAGAUGAAUCUGCACUCGGCUCGCUGAAGAAGAGAAAAGAAUCCAAUCAAGCUGAAACACGACAGAAGAAAGCAAAGAAGUAAGUUAUCUUAGAGGGCUAUUUUUCUUUUGCACCAGGAAGCAUCUUUAGAAGAAGCAUAUACCUAUAAAAUACUUCCGACCUCAUUUUGUUUUAGGAUGUAGAUCUGUCGACUCUGUUAACUUUGCUUGUAAAUAUAUUAUGGUAACUGCCGCUGCCAUGAAAUCUUUUGCUAUUAACUUAACAGCGUUCAGGCAAAGAAACAGUUUAAUCAAAUGGCCAAAGCAGAUGCUUUUGUGUAGCUAACAGCAUUAACAAGCCCUAACGCACUGAUCUCUGUCGUGUCAAUGGGCGACAGAUUCCCCAUUACAGCCUAAAGCUUCAUCAAACCUUCAUGGAGGGACCUCUAAGCCAGCUUUAACUUUACUCUGCCAUUAUAGGAGGAAGAACAUGCCUACAUGGUUCCCUAAUUGGGCUUUGUCCACAUUCCAACUCACCCACGUUGCAUCAGUUCUUACAGCUCGGAUCAGUAGAAGUAAUCCAGUGAUUAAGCAUGCACAAAGACAAGGAGGAACAAGGAGGCGAGGUGACUGCAUAAGACGCAUGUGGCUGUUGCUACAUAAAGCAGAUCCAAGAACUGGGUGCAGGGAUUGUUGGGGAGCAGAUGGAGCGGAACAAUUCCUGUGCUUUGAUUGUUUAGGAUGGCGUGCACUCGAAGUAGCCCAGCACAACGCACACAUUAAGGUCACACACUCUGCUAUGUCCACACAUCAACAAGGCAAUGUAGAGAGAGAUGCAUCUGUUUCAGAAGAAGACAUUUCCGCCCAUCUCAUUAACCAGAUUCAGAUCUCGGUUUCACUUUGUCAGUGAGGAAGAUUUAGACUGAGAAAGUUAGAUUUAGGCUGAGAAUUCAAAUUUGUAGAGUUCAUUUAUCAAACACUCUCUAAAUAUGCACCAAAAAAAAAAAAACAGGGAAAAGCACACUGUACUACAUGAUGGGCGGCAAGUGACAGCUCAGCAAUGGAUGGAACCCGAGGAAGAUCUACACGUAUGCUUAGGAAUCCAAUUACUGAAUAAUUGGCAAACUAAAGCCAAAGUAGCUACAGGGUGUCACAAAAGCUUCCAACAAUAGCCAAACCCUUUUGAAUUAGGACAACACAAACUGUGUCUGUGGCAGCAGCUCUGUCACCUGUCCACAAUGUGUUGUCUUGCCAUAACUCAAAGUUCUUAUUUUACAGAGUAGAAGGUGGUGACUGCACUGCUACAAUUAGUGAGGAGGCCGGAGAAGUAGAAGGACAAGGUAAGAGUAGUUUCAGCUGUUUUUGUUGUUUUUUUAAUCUCCCUAUUCUUCUUGGGAUUGGGUAAGGUCACAUAUCAUUCUUACUCGCCCAAAAAAAAAAAUCCUCUCCUUUUUCUUUUCUCUUCUCUCUUCUCUCUUAUAAGUAGGCAACCAUAUGUUUUUAUCUACUUCCACCUCCAAUUCUUCUUCAUAGUGUCUGCAGAUGAUGGCCCUCCUUGUAGUUUUCCACAGCUUUCUUGAACUGCAUGCAGUAAUCCUUUGUGCCGGCGAAGGUGCAUGCGAUAGUACGGACUGUCGUCGCACACGCCCUUUUUUCUUGUAGUGUGGAAGAACUGAGUGUGUGACUCUGUAUCUAAAUUGCAGUUCAAUAAAGCUGUGGGAAAUUACAGUGAGUGGCCUAAUUUAAGACUGAGAGCCGGCUUUAUACAAUCUCCUUCUCUUUGUUUGUCAAGGUCAGACUCCAAAGGAAAGAGAAGAUUUCGAUUUCAGAUCUCAGCUGUGUUCUUCUUUUUCUUUUGUAAAACUUUUUGGUAGAUUUAUGAGAUAAAUCUUUGUUCUCGGAAAUUA